GCAAGACAACAAUCCGAAAAAGUAUUGAUAAUACUUUACGUACUCUUCUCUUAGAAACUUCCGCUCUUUUUUUUUUUAUCAAAUCAUAAAUAAAUACCAAAGUCAAUACCUAUCUAUCCCAUAUUUAAGAAUAUAUCAUGAACUUUGACGAAGAUGUACCCCCGGAGCUUGUCGAGACUGAGACAGGCCCGCAAGAGGAGAAACUUGUCAAGGUGCCCAUCACCAUCGUCACUGGAUACCUUGGAGCCGGAAAAACAACUUUGCUCAACUACAUAUUAACUGCCCGGCAUGGCAAGAGAAUUGCCGUCAUCAUGAACGAGUUCGGUGAUUCACUCGAUAUUGAGAAGUCAUUGACGGUCAAUAAGGGCGGCGAGCAAGUGGAAGAAUGGCUCGACGUCGGCAACGGCUGCAUCUGUUGCUCGGUGAAGGACUCCGGAGUCAAUGCUAUUGAGUCACUUAUGGAGAAGAAAGGUGCCUUUGAUUACAUUCUUUUGGAAACUACUGGACUGGCCGAUCCUGGUAACCUAGCCCCCUUAUUUUGGGUCGACGACGGUUUGGGAAGCACCAUCUACUUGGAUGGAAUCGUUACACUAGUCGAUGCGAAGAACAUUCUUCGAAGCCUAGACGACCCAUCGGGGAAAGUCGAGGGCCAUGAUGAUCAUGGGCCCCUCAUGACGACCGCCCAUGUUCAAAUUUCCCAUGCAGAUGUUAUCGUUAUUAACAAGUCAGAUCUGGUUGAGCCUGCGGAGCUUAAGAAUGUUAAAGAGCGAAUACAAGCGAUCAAUGGCCUUGCAAAGAUUCAUAUAACGAACCAAAGCGUUGUGCCUCAACUGGAAGGCUUCUUACUGGACCUACAUGCAUACGACCAAGUUGAGGCUUUGGAUACUGUAGGAAAGGGACACAGCCAUCUUGACCCUACUAUUUCCACGGUUUCUAUCAAUGUGCCGCCUUUAGCUCCUGGACAACUUGAACUAGUUGAUAGCUGGAUAAGGUCGCUCUUAUGGGAAGGCCAAGUACCAGGAGAACCGACUAACUCGAGUGAACCCAUCGAAAUUCAUCGCCUAAAAUCCCGCUUAGUUUUUAAGGACGGCAACGUGAAAAUGGUGCAGGGUGUUAGGGAGGUGUUUGAAAUUUUCGAUGGAGAACAAGCGCCUAAUGAAGAUGGCGAAGUUCCGCAAGCUGGGAAGCUUGUCCUUAUUGGAAGGGGUGUGCAGGGGAUCAACUUUGAGACAAGCCUGCUAAACGCAAUCCAAGAUAUAGAGAGCUAGAAUAUCAUCAUCAAACAUCCGUGAAGGCAUUAAGCCUCACGGCGCUGGUUUGCAGGAGAAAUCAAGAAUCUAGUCAAACUCGAGCUGCCACAUGUUGUCCUGAUAAUACAUACCAAUUCGUUGCCGUUAGGCGGCACUCAGACAAAGCUGUCUCUUGAUUGUUACCCUAAGCAAGCUUUGUAAACUGUCUAAAUUUAGC